AUGACAGCCUCUGCCCACACGAGAUGGAUGGAAUACAUCCUUGCAUACUGUUCACAUGUCGAUCUCAACAAGUCUGCAAGACACAAACCCCUACAGCAAGAAACUGCUAUGGGCGCUACUAUAUUACAACCGCAACCGCAAACUAACAAGCCGCAGAGAAUGUCUUCUACUACACAGCAGGCUCAGCAACCCGCGCCAAGUCAACCAGAGCAGCAAGAUACGAACGGGCCUUUGCACAGAAUAAAAACUCGUGCGCUCAGUAAACGAGAGACCUUGAAGCGAAGAGCCCCCCAAACACGGAAGAGAAGCCAACGACCUAAGCAACAGGUCCAAGGGCACAAUAAAGGUCUGCAAGAGCAGGUCCAGCAACAGGUCCUGCGACUAGUUAACCAACUAGUACCGCAAAAGAUCCAGCAAAAGGUCCGGGAAACACAGGAACAAUUUCUGCAAGUCGAGCAACAGGUCCAGCAGACCCAGGAGCGAAUUUCACAAGUCGAGCAACAGGUCCAGCACACCCAGGAGCGAAUUUUACAAGUCGAGAAACAGCUCCAGCAACAAGCUCAGCAAAACCAGGAUCAAACCUUGCAAGUUCAGCAAACCCAAGGACAAGUUCUGCAAGUCCAGCGAGCCCAGGAACAAAUCCUGCAAGUCCAACAAGCCUAUCAACAAAUCUUGCAACAAGAAGUCUACCAACAGGUGCUGCAGAAAGCCCAGGAACAAAUCCUGCAAUUUCAACAAGCCCAUCAACAAGUCUUGCAACAAGAAGUCUAUCAACAAGUGCUGCAGCAAGCCCACUACCUCCAGCAGAAAAACCAAGAAUCAGUAAAUCAGAUGCAGCAAACAAUCCAGAAAGAGGCCGAGGUUGCCGAACAACAAAUUCUACGCAACAUGGUUCAAUUUGUGGACCCAUUUCUGAUGGCGCGGAAUCAAAAACAGGGGAGGCAAAUCGAGGAGCUAGAAGCUAAGGUUAAGCAACUAGAGCAGGGCACGGCACCGACAAAUUGA